UUUUCAGUAAACCAUAGAGGCAUGUGGAAAAAUAAUCUACAAAUACUGAAGCAGCAAACUUUGCAAAACACAAAAUUUAUGUCAUUGCCAAUACUUUUGGCCAUGACUGUAUACAAAUCUGUCCUGGAAUGUGUUACGAUGUGUUAGUUUGGAGACAUGAAAUAUUUAUUUGAAAUGACACACAUACAGACAACAUUAUAUUUUAUAAAAUAGAGGUGGAAACCCUGAGAAAGGCUUCUAUGAGAUCUCUUAAGUCUGUGAAUUUUUGCACAGUAAAGCCUCCACUUUAACAAGGGAUUCUUUCAUCUGUGGAGAGAAGUGUGAGAAUCCCAUGUACACAAAGAGGUACAGAGUAAGUGAGCAAAGAAAUGAAGGGUAUGACAUAUGAAAGGUCCAUGUGAAGGGUAAACAAGACCAUUCCAGCCCUGACUUGGUGUUCUUAAAGGUCUGGGCACCAUUACACACCACAGUCUUCAGGAAUAGCUGCUGCAGGUAAUCUUAAGCAGACAAAUGAUGCAAGAUUAUUUUCCUUUAAUACAAUCUUUUUUUCUUUUUUUGAAGUGUUUUAUGUUUGAAUCUCUUUGAAGUUUGAAAAUGGUGAGAAAAAUGACUGUACAGCCUUAUGUAGUCUGUUGCUGUGUUACUUUCAGUGGGUGACCAUGUUUCGUCUGUGUUUCACACUCUUCCUGUGUUUGCUUUGGCUUGGACUGCUCUGUCCCACAGAGGCAGUGGAAAACCAAGCUGAAUCAAGGGAAAAAAGGAGUGUUCCUAACUGGGCGCUGACAUCCUCUGACUUUUUCGCAUGGAUUGAAGAGCUGCGUUCUCACGCUGGCUAUGACAAGAUUGAGGAAUUGGCCAGAACCUUCUGGGCUCACUUCCCUUCCGCCAGCCGCCUGGGUUAUGACCCUCCUGCUCCAAAAGAAUAAUGCCAUCUGAGUUGAGUCUGUGUUGUGGAGGCUAUUUGCCCCUUUCAUUAUAGCACAGCUCUUGGAAAAAGAGAAAAACAGUCUUUAUUAUUUAGCUUAACUUGAUUUGAGCCAGGACAAGAUAUCUUGAGAAAAGUUCAUUUUAUUUAUUUUUUUUUGUUAAAAGUUAUGUAAAACCCCUUAUGUAACAGCAUCCAAUAUCUGGUAAAAGUGUCUUGCUCACAAACUGUCUUUUAUUGCUUGGACAAAAUAGUUACUCCUCCUGGUUCUUCUUUAAAAUAAAAAUACACUCUGGAUUUUUACUUGCUACAAAAUAAAACAAAUAGAACAUUAUAAACGUAUGGUACACACAGGUAUGGUAGAAGGGCAAAAAGCUUGAGCAGCACAACAGAGCUCGCAGGUGUGCUGAUAUCAGGUGGGAAUGCAGUCCAGGUGCAUAGAGAUGACCUCUGAGUGAGGAUCAUCCCCCUCAGGACAAGUACAGUACAUGCAGGAACACAGUCCUUAUAUGUUUGACUGCAGCAAAAUCACUCCAGUAUACUAUGAUGUGUACUGUUUACUAUCAUGAGUGUAAGAUUUUAUAAAAUACAAAGAAAUAUAAAAACAAGUGUUUCAGUGAUUCUAACUUUAUUUUGGGUUGUUUGGAUAUUAAUUGAUUUUGUGGUAACAUUUUACAAGACAGUUCAAUCCACUGACAAUAGUUAACUUUACAACUUUGCUUCUGGCCAAAAUACCAGUCCAUAAUCCAAAAUAAUGUUUCCUCCAACAGUCCACCACCUGUUGUCCUCU